CUCCGGAGCUCGGCGGUGCGGCCUUCCCCGCCCCCCUUCUCUUCCCCCGCCCGCUUCCGCCCGGCUUAUUAUCCUCCGUAUUGACAAACAGAGCGGCCGCAGCGGCGACUCUGGGAGUGCGUUAGUAGCCGAGCGAUGGGAGACAAGAAGAGCCCCACCAGGCCGAAGCGGCAGCCGAAGCCGUCCUCGGAUGAGGGUUACUGGGACUGUAGCGUCUGCACCUUCCGGAACAGCGCCGAGGCCUUCAAGUGCAUGAUGUGCGAUGUGCGGAAGGGCACCUCCACCCGAUCCACAUUCUUUGAAGUUAUUGUGAAUGCUUCGAGGACCAAGGAACCGUUGAAAUUUCCAAUUUCAGGAAGGAAACCUCGACCUGUCUCCCAGUUGGUUGCACAGCAGGUUACUCAGCAGUUUGUGCCCCCUACACAGUCAAAGAAAGAGAAAAAAGAUAAAGUAGAAAAAGAAAAAAGUGAAAAGGAAACAACUAGCAAAAAGAACAGUCAUAAGAAAACCAGGCCAAGAUUGAAAAAUGUGGAUCGGAGUAGUGCUCAGCAUUUGGAAGUUACCGUUGGAGAUCUAACAGUCAUUAUUACAGACUUUAAGGAGAAAACAAAGUCACCGCCUGCAUCUAGUGCUGCUUCUGCAGAUCAACAUAGUCAGAGUGGCUCUAGCUCUGAUAACACAGAGAGGGGAAUGUCCAGGUCAUCUUCACCCAGAGGAGAAGCCUCAUCAUUGAAUGGAGAAUCUCAUUAAAAUUUAUUUUCUCCAAUUUCUUAUCUUAGUCACUUCUGUCCUACCAUGCAGAUACACAGAUUAUGCCAAGAAAUACCACAUUUUCAUGACAAACACAUUUGUGCACAAUCCAUAAUUUGAGUUUUACAUAAAAUUAAAAUUUUGUCAGAAUUUGUUAGAUUUUACCGUAAUCUAUGCCUACCAAACAUUUCCUGACCUAACAUUUUGGUCUCUGCGGUUAUGUGCCAUGAAAAUGUGGUUGAAUUAUUAUGCAGUGUUAUUGGUAAGUCUAUUUUCACUUUUAGUUUAGUGAAUUCUAACACAUGAUUCUUGAAUUCUCUACUAUUGGCAUGUAACAAGUUUCAAUUUUUUAUAACAUAGUGCAAGCUGCCUAAAUAUGUAAUAUUUGAGAAUUGUGAAACAAAUAGUUAUAUGUAUACAAGUCAAAGAUCAACUUAAUCAACUAUUGCUGCAACAGGAUUUUCUUAAUGGUUAUCCUCUUAAAUACACCUGCUGGUACUUGGUGUGGUUAAAUAGGAAAGUUGUUAUUAAAUAAAGAAUUUGUUAUGAACCUUUGCCAAUGUUUUUGACACCUUUUACUAAAUUAUUGUUUCUGAAUUAUGCUUCUGGUUUUAUCCAUUUUUGUUUGUUUGCUUAUUUUUCAAAACAUUCAUUUAUUGUAAUGUUUACUAGCAGACUAGUAAAGAAUAAAACAUUGAUUAUUUAGCUUUAUAAUUCAGGUUUGGUGAUAUUGUCAUUGAACACUGGUAUUUUCUGUAUAAUAUAAAACAUUAAAAUUCAAAUAACUAUAUAAAACAUUAAAAUUCAUUGGGCAAAAACAGAAAAGAAACUUUCCAUAUUUUAAAAGUUGCAAUUUUGGAAAAGCUUUAACUUAAUGAUAGUUUUAUCACUGUUUUCUUGUCCCAAACUUAUUCAGGGUUAUAGAUAUAUGAAUCUAAUUAACACAGAAAUUGGAACUGUUGCACAGAACUGGGAAAUAACUAAUCUUAUAUCAGUUUAAUUGGCUUCUUAUUAAAUAUGACAGUUCUUAUGAAAAUCAUAUUACCCUAUUUUCAGAUACAACUGCCAAUUUAUGCAUUUAUCAAUAUCCUGAAAUUUAAAAAGUAUUUACAGCCCCACUCAUUAUUAUGUACAAUUACCAAUAAAAUAUUUUUAUGACUACAGAUUUUGCAUUUUGUUUACAACUAAUAAAGUGUUUUAUGUUGUAUUUUGAAAUCCAACUUAGAAACCACAUAUACUUAAAUUCUCCUAGGGUCUCCUGCUUUCUCUAACCAUUUGCUUAGUAUACAUCCACUUACAGGAGACUUUUGAUGUGUAAAUCAACUUAAAAACAUAACUUCGGUACAAAAUAUCACAUUAAAAACAUGAUAACAUAUGAAGAAAAAAAAUGUAGACCCUGACAGUUGUGAUAUUUGGUGGUUUCUUGUGGUAAUGUAAUUUUCUGUUUAAUUGCAGUACUUUAUCCAGGCACAAUGGUACUGUCUUUUGUAAGAUGCUAGUUGUGAAAUACAGCUAAUUGCAUACAGUAAAAGUCUGUGAUUAAAACAUUCAUAUACCUCA